AUGCAUACUUCUGGACUCAUUUCAAGAAAACGGAAACUAGAAACCGACGAAGAUAUAUCCCAGAUUAACAACGAUCCUUUAGCAAAAGGGUUCUUAGAAAGCUUUAAUGAGAGACGGAAGAGAGUACGCCCGAACGAUGACAUUCGCCCCACCUCUACUUUCACUUCUUUAUGGCGCACCGACUCCAAUAAAAAGCUUCCAAAGAUAAUUGAUUUCUCUAGUGAGACCUAUGUCUGUUUUAAGGAAAAUUGUAACUCUCGAUCUUUCACCUGGAGCGACUUGUGCCUUCACGUACAAGAACAACAUUCAGAAAAGUGCGCAUCGUGCGGCGAACUGCUUAUCUGUCAGGCUCAGAUAGAUCAUCACCGUAAGAUCCAUGAAAGCCCAAAAGGGUUUGUGUGUGGAGAAGAUGGUUGUGAGAAAAUUUUCUCGACAAGGUUAUAUAAUAGAGAGGGUAUCUUCGAGCCUGAAUUGCAAACGUUUGCAAAUUUUUAUUUUACGCGGCGAAUUAAAUUCCAAUACUUGUUUUGCAAAUUUCAUGGUGGAGGCCAUUUAGUGAGCAUUUGA